GCUGUUUGAGAGUUGGGAGCACAUAAAAGAAAAGCUUUUGAAAAAAAUGGCGUCGUCGGUUCGAUCACCGGCUCUCAGAGCUCUGAAACCACUCUUCAAUUUCACACUCCACGACACCUUAAACCCUAGACCCCGAACCCUAAGCCUCCGGGCCUUCUCCACCGCCUUGUCUCCGCCGUCUAAGGCGGUGGUCUACGAGCAACACGGCCCUCCCGAUAGCGUUACCAGAGUGAUAAAUUUACCGCCGGUUGAAGUGAAAGAGAACGAUGUCUGUGUCAGAAUGCUGGCUUCUCCUAUAAACCCUUCUGAUAUUAACAGGAUUGAAGGGGUAUACCCUGUGAGGCCACAAGUGCCAGCGGUUGGAGGAUAUGAAGGUGUGGGAGAGGUACACUCUGUCGGCUCUGCGGUUAAAGGACUAUCGCCUGGAGAUUUGGUCAUCCCAUCUCCACCUUCUUCCGGGAUGUGGCAAACUUAUGUUGUGAAAGAUCAGAGUGUAUGGUACAAGAUUAAUAAAGAUUCACCAUUGGAAUAUGCUGCUACCAUUACUGUAAAUCCAUUGACUGCUCUAAGAAUGCUUGAAGACUUCACCACUUUGAAGUCAGGAGAUGCUGUUGUUCAAAAUGGAGCCACCAGCAUCGUGGGGCAGUGCAUUAUUCAGCUUGCAAAGAAUCGUGGCAUUCACAGCGUUAAUAUUAUAAGAGACAGGGCUGGGUCAGAUGAAGUCAAGGAAAAGCUUAAAAAACUUGGUGCUGAUGAAGUUUUUACUGAGAGCGAACUGCAAGUCAAGGAUGUCAAGGGUCUUCUGGCUGGCAUACCUGAACCUGCAUUGGGAUUUAACUGCGUCGGCGGCAAUGCUGCUUCUUUGGUUCUUAGAUUUUUGGGGCGUGGCGGCACUAUGGUGACUUAUGGUGGCAUGUCUAAGAAACCAAUUACUGUAUCAACUUCAUAUUUCAUUUUUAAGGAUCUUUCCUUGAGGGGAUUCUGGUUGCAGAGUUGGAUGAGUACAGAGAAGGCAGCAGAGUGUAGAGUUCUGAUCGAUCACCUCCUUGACCUAGCACGGGAAGGGAAAUUAAAAUAUGAGAUGGAGCUGGUUCCUUUCGACAGUUUCCACACUGCACUAGACAAAGCACUCGGGAAACAAGGGAGCCAACCGAAGCAAGUAAUCAAAUUCUGAGCCUUGAGCGGGACCAAAGGCUUUUGUUUGUCCUUCAUUGUUUGCAAUAAUCUUUAAAGUCCCUUGUGUUGUGUUAGCAUGUUACAUGUUCAAUUUUCCCAUCAGAAGAUGUAAUUAUAUUAUCUCUUUGAGGUUCUGUGAAUUAGAGAAUGAUGCUCUGCUUAUGAGCUAUACCAUGGCAUCUGGGAAGCAAUCACGUUCUCCAUGACUACAGUUUGAACAGUGGACUCCCUACAAGGAAAACCCCCAUUUGUCAUCCAAAUCUCAGGAGUUUUCAACUGAGGCACUGUGAAAUGUUAAAGUUGAAAUUGCUGUCAUGCACUA